AUGCUCACCACCUCCUGCUUGACCCCUUUCCCUUGCCCUGAUGAUGGGAGGAGCCCCCAGACGAUGAAUGGGAAGCCAUCCUUGAGUCUGAAUUGGAAAGACAGGCCUCCGAGGCAAGGACAAUCAGGCACUGCUGACACCUGGCCUGUCGAGAAGGACCUGAGCUACCUGCACCAGUGGCUGGAAGCGUUCGUCACUAGCUUUGAGAAGGUCAUUGCAGUGCACUCCCUGGAGCCCCGAAGGCCAGAAGAGGCAACAUCUGAGAUUCCCCUCCUGCCCCAGAAUGUACUGCAAGUCCUGGGGCAGCAGCUGGGGCUAUGUACCGAGUGCCUGGGAGAAGCCAACCUGACCCAAGCCUUGCUUCUCCUUAAGUUCUUCAUCAUCAUCUGCAGGAACCUAGAGAACGUCCAGGCAGACACAACUCCCAUCUUCAUCCCCCCUGUGAUAACGAUGCUGGGGGCCUGCAACACAGAGCUAAAGAGAAGUGCUCAGGCCCCUGACAGACCCUGCAAGUCUCAGCUGGAGAGUGUGGCCCUCCAUGCCCUCCAUCUUCUGGAGUGCCUUUUUGAUCCCUAUCAGACCUGGAGACGGCAGCUGAGUGGGGAAGUUGUAAGCCCUAAGGAGAAAAGCAAAUACAAGUUUGCUCCAGCAGCUCUGCCAAAGGACUUCAGCACUUUCUUUCAAGAGAGCCUUCAGGAUGCUGAUCUCCUUCCUCCCAUCCUGCAGCUCCGAUUCAUCCAUCUCUUUGGAGCCAUCAUCACCGGAGGAAAGGAGAAUGCAUUGGCUGCUGUCACUCCAUCAUCUGUGGAAGGUCUGCUGGGUGUGCUUCGCAGCUGGGGUGGCCCCUCCCAGGACCCCCAACUCCUGCGGCUGGCCCUUCGGGGGCUGGUGGGGGCUGUGCACCUCCUGCAUGCCAGUGGUGCCCCUCGACGGGGCCCAGAACUCCGAGCCCUUCUGGAAGGCUAUUUCCGAGUGCUCAACACAGACCGACCCCCAGCCACAACCCAGGAGAACAGUCCCACCCCUAGCCCCACUGGUGGAGAAGAAGGCCUUAUCAUGCUUCGAGUCAGCAUGCUUGAUGCUAUUCCAGAGAUGCUCGACUGUGCUGACCGACCUGUCCUCCAAGCAGUCUUCCUUAGCAACAACUGCUUUGAACACAUCACUCGCCUCAUUCAGAACAGCAAGCUCUACCUGCGGGCUAGAAGCCCGGUGGCCUCAGAGGGGGGCAACGAUCUCGCCACUCAGUUACUGACCGAGCUCGAUAUUCAGAAGCAGCAAUCCCCAACCUCUCCGUGCUUCCCUGGGACUUCAUUGCCUGUGUGUUCUCAAGAACUGCAAGCUCAGCAAGAGCUCUGUCGGAAUUCCAGGAUUAUUAUCCAGGUGCUGGACAGAGACACUGAUGCCAUUGCUGUCCAUGCUGUCAGGGUGCUUACUUCCAUCAUGAGCAACUCUCCAUCUGCCAAGGAAGUGUUUAAGGAGAGAAUUGGCUAUUCCCACUUGUUUGAGGUUCUGAAGAGCCAGGGUCCCCCCACUAAAAGACUCCUCCAGGAAUUGCUCAACAUGGCUGUGGAGGGCGAGCACAGCGCCUGCCCGCCCCCUCCCAUUCGGAAUGAGCAGCCUCUGUUGAUCCUGGCCCAGUGGCUCCCAGCCCUGCCCUCCAGCGACCUGCAGGUGUACCUGGCCGAAAGGCUGCGGCUGCUGUGCGACGGGGGCCCCCUGAGCCAGACCACGUGCGUGAAGGCCGGCCUGGUGAGCUCCCUGCUGGAGGCGCUGGCGGCCGAAGCAGCCCUGAAGCGCCGGGCGGCCGAGCAGCUGCUAGAGCUUCUGCGGGCCCUGGGGGGCGUCUCCUUGCGGCCAGAGGAGCUCAGGUGCCUUUUCCGCCUGCUCUGGACGGAGCCAGGCCAGGGCGCCCACCCCUACACGGCGGCUGUGAUCCGGGCCCUGUCGGGGAUGGCCCGUCAGAAGGGGCCGGAGCGGGCCCUGCGCUACUUCGACCUGACACCCAGCAUGGCGGGCAUCAUGGUGCCCUCUAUCCAGCGCUGGCCAGGGGCUGGCUUCUCCUUCCACGCUUGGCUCUGCCUUCACCAGGAGCCCCCCAGCCCCAGCCUCCCAAGGGGAGGCUGUUCCAUAUUCCAUCCUGCCGGCCCUCCCCAGCUCAAGAGGAAGCAGCUCUACAGCUUUUUCACACCCAGUGGUACAGGCUUUGAGGCCUUCUUCACAUCUGCCGGAAUGCUCGUGGUGGCUGUGUGCACCAGGAAGGAGUAUAUGACGGUGUCGCUGCCUGAGUUUCCUUUCAACGACUCUGCCUGGCACAGUGUUGCCAUUAUCCAUGUUCCUGGCCGCCGACCCUUCAGCCAGAACUUGCUCUACAUCUAUGCUGAUGGGCAGCUACUGAAGACAGCCCCGCUCCGCUGCCCUUCCCUCAAUGAGUCCUUCUCUUCCUGUUGCAUUGGCUUGGCUGGCAAUCGAACCACGACGACCACCACAGGUCCACCCAUCUUUCCUGGUCCAGCUUACCCACAACAGCUGCCAUUUUCUGCCCACCCAUCCCUCUCUCGAUCUCAGUCCUUCCCUGCCAGCAUGACAGGCUCCUCCUGGGGGCCCAGCACAAAUAUGGCAGGCCCCUCCAGAGAGGGCGAAGUGAGCACCACCCUGGCUGGGAGCCAGGACACCGAGUGGGGCAGCCCUACCUCCCUGGAGGGCCAACUGGGCUCUGUGGUCAUCUUCCAUGAAGUCCUUCAGCCAGCACACAUCAGAACCCUGUUUGCCUUGGGGCCCAAUGAGACAUCUCCCUUCAAACCAGAGGGGGAACUGCAGGAACUCAGCAAUAAGAUGCUUCUCCACUAUACACCCCAGGCCUGUAAGAAUAAGAUCUGCCUGGACCUGUCUCCUAGUCAUGGGCUGGAUGGGCGCUUGACAGGCCACAAAGUGGUGAACUGGGAUGUGAAGGAUGUGGUGAACUGCGUGGGAGGGAUGGGAGUGCUGUUGCCCCUCCUAGAACAGGUGGGUUCCCAGCCACAAGAAGCCGAGGGUCAAGCCGAAACCCAUGACCUAGUGGGGCCGGAGCUGACUUCUUCCCACAAUGCCCAGGGUCUGCUUAUUCCCUUGGGUAAGUCUUCAGAGGGCCGAGUAGAACGGAAUGGUGUAGCUGCCUUCUUGCUCAUGGUGAAGAACUUUCUUCGUGGACACCCAGUGAACCAGGAGAGCUUGAUGCAGUGCCAUGGACCAGCUAUCAUUGGGGCAUUACUACAGAAGGUCCCGAGCCACUGCAUGGAUAUGAAUGUCCUGAUGGCUGCCCAGAUGCUCAUGGAGCAGGUAGCCUCUGAGGGCAAUGGGCCCCUUCUGCACCUGCUUUAUCAACACCUGCUUUUCAACUUUAAUCUCUGGAGUCACAGUGACUUUGCUGUCCGUCUGGGUCACAUUCAGUACCUGUCCAGCACCAUCAAGGAACACAGACAGAAGGUUCGAAAGAAAUAUGGAGUCCAGUACAUCCUUGACUCAGUGCAUGCCCACUACAGCCCACAGAGAGAACGGCCCCUUGCUGAGGAUGAUCUAAGAACAGUGCAGACUUCCCUGUUCAGUCUGGUCAAGGAGUUCCUGGCCCGAAGCUUCUCCCCUGAUGAGAUGCAAGCAGUGCUCAACUACCUGGCUGGCUCCAGUGAUGAAGGCCAGGUAUGUGGAAUUUUGGACAUGCUUUUGAACUUGCUACGGAGCUCACCAGUCCAGGAGCCCCUCUGCACCUUCCUGCUAGAACCAAACAAUGUGGAAGUACUGUUUGCCCUCCUGGUGCACAGGUCCUUCUCUGACCAGCUGCGUGACAAGGUCUUCAAGAUCCUGAAUAAACUUUUGAAGAGCGAUCGAGUACCCGAGCGUAGUAAACAUCGGCUCAAGCUGAAGGAUUGUGGUCUGCAGGGCCUUAUAGCCUGCCUGCCUGAUGGGCCCGUCUCCUCUCACCUCUGCCGGGGCCUCUCUGAGCAGGUCCUGGGUACAGACUGCCCAAAUCUCAAGGACUUGGUGGCCGUCGUAUAUCUGUCCCACCGUGCCCAGCUCAGUGUCCGCCUGGACAUGUGUAGGAAGCUGUUCCACCUGAUCUACGGGCAGCCAGAUAUGGUGCGGCAGCUGGCGCGGCAGGUGGGCUGGCAGGACAUCCUAACCCGUCUGUAUGUCCGAGAAGCCCCUGCUGCCUCCUCGCCCAGCCCCCCAGAGCCAGCGCCUGCAGAGCUGAGCAGCGACGUCUUCCUGCCUCUAGCUUGUGAGGCUUCCCUUGGGUCUUCCGAGAGCUUUCCAGAGCCCGAAGUCUCCCCUCCUGACAGUGUGAGGCGCUCCUCCUCCACCGUGGGCCCCAGUGACCCGCCGUCCUUAGAAGCCACCUACCAGCCACUCUCGCCCUUCUGUUCACCUUUUGACCUGGGCCCGGAACUGGCCAGCACAGGGUCUGGGGCCACCGUGGGCAGCGGGGAGAACCUGACCCCCGUCAGCCUCCCUGGCACACCGUCCCCUCUGGAGGGGGGACGGCCCUUUCCCCCCCUGCGGGGCCGCCACAGCUCCAGCCUCUCCAAUGUGCUGGACGAGACCAGCUUCCAGGAACCCAGCCUUGGGGAUGACACCUCCAACACCAGCAAUCCUCAGCAAGCCCCAGAAGAAGAACUGUGCAACUUGCUGACCAACAUCCUGUUCUCAGUGACGUGGCGUGGGGUGGAGGGUGACGAUGAGGCUGCGUGGCGUGAGCGGGGCCAGGUCUUCUCAGUCCUCACAAAACUGGGGGCCGCGGGGGAGCUGGUCCGUCCCCCCGAUGAGAUCAAGCGCAGCCUCCUGGAGAUGAUGCUGGAGUCAGCCCUGACCGACCUUCAGGAAGCCCUGCCGGUGGCCCUUCCUAGCCUCACCCAGCACGUGUUGAAGCUCCUGCGUUUGCUCCAGGACUUCCUGCACUCCGAGGGCCAUGGGAACCAGGCCCUGUGGAGUGAGAAGCUCUUUGAAGGUGUGAGCAGCCUUCUGGACCACCUUGGCGUGUGGCAACAUUUGACCAAUGGUGCCGCUGACCUUCGGGAGAUGGCCCAGAUUGGGCUGCGCCUUGUUCUUGGCUACAUGCUGUUGGAAGACACCCAGCUUCAUGCCUUGGCCUACGUGAAGCUCCAUGGUCUGCUGCAGACAGCGGUGCCACCGAGGCGGGAGGAAGCCUGCUAUCUGUUGGCCAAGCUGGAGGCCCCCUUGGCCCGGGCACUGGAGGCAGAGUCUGAACGCUGCUCGUGGCUCGUGCCUCUGGUCCGGACCCUGCUGGACAGGGCCUACACAGCACUGGGCCUGCAGUGGGGGCUGCCCUCCCUACCACCCACCAAUGGCAGCCCUACCUUUUAUGAAGACUUCCAAGCUUUUUGCACUUCCCCAGAAUGGCGCCUCUUCAUUGACAAACAGGUACAGCCUGCCAUGUCCCAGUUUGAGAUGGACACUUACGCCAGGAGCCAUGACCACAUGUCCAGCUUUUGGAACUCCUGCUAUGAUGCAUUGAUGAGCAGCAGCCUUCGGAGAGAUCGAGAGCGGACCGAGAGCCGGCACCUCUUCCAGGAAUUAGUGCUGGAACCAGUAAUGAAGAGGGGACGAUCAGAGGGAAAACGGUACAGCAGUGUACAAAAGCAGCUGGCCUCCCAGCAGGCCAUAGCCUUGCUGCACUGGAAGGCCCUGGGCCGUUUGCUCACUGCACCCCGCUCUGCCUGGGCCCAGAGGAAUCCUCCUCCUCCUCGAUGGAAAUUAUCCAGUGCUGAGACUUACUCCCGAAUGCGGCUGAAGUUGGUGCCCAAUUAUCACUUUGACCAGCACAGUGAGGCCAGUGCUCUUCGGGACAACCUUGGUGCCACUGACCACCUGACACCCUCUACAGAGGAUUCCUUGCCUCUGACUGUGGCCAAGGAGGCCAAGGUCAGCACUCUGCAGGAGGACCAACUAGGAGAGGAGGAGCUAACUGUACUGGACACAGCCACGGAGUCCUCAGAGCCUGGCGGGCAACAGGAGAAGCUCGUGCUAUGGGAAGAUUGCCAACUCAUCACAAUUGUGGCUGUAAUCCCAGGCCGCCUUGAGGUGACUACCCAGCACCUCUACUUCUAUGACUGCAGUGUGGAAAAGGAAGAGACAGAAGAAGGCAUUGGGUAUGAUUUCCGGCGGCCACUCUCCCAACUCCGAGAAGUCCAUCUGAGACGUUACAAUCUCCGACGCUCAGCCCUGGAGCUCUUCUUCACUGACCAGGCCAACUACUUCCUUAACUUCCCUCGAAAGGUGCGGAACAAGGUAUACUCAUGCAUUCUGGGACUUCGGCCCCCUAGCCAGGGCUAUUAUGGAAGCCACUCUCCACAGGAGAUGCUUCGAGCUUCUGGCCUGACUCAGAAAUGGGUCCACCGAGAGAUUUCCAACUUUGAGUAUCUGAUGCAGCUCAACACCAUUGCAGGGCGAACCUACAAUGACCUAUCCCAAUACCCUGUGUUCCCCUGGAUCCUACAGGAUUAUACAUCUGAGACUCUGGACCUGAAUGACCCAUCCGUCUUCCGGGACCUGUCCAAGCCCAUUGGAGUGGUGAACUCCAAACACGCACAGCUUGUUCGAGAAAAGUAUGAGAGCUUCGAGGACCCCACAGGCACCACCGACAAGUUCCAUUAUGGCACCCACUACUCCAACGCAGCAGGUGUCAUGCACUACCUCAUCCGUAUGGAGCCAUUUACCUCCCUGCACAUCCAGCUGCAGAGUGGCCGAUUUGACUGCUCAGAUCGGCAGUUUCACUCUGUGGCAGCUGCCUGGCAGGCCCGCCUGGAGAGUCCGGCUGAUGUCAAGGAGCUUAUUCCUGAGUUCUUCUACUUUCCAGACUUCCUAGAAAACCAGAAUGGGUUUGAUCUGGGUAGCCUUCAACUGACCAACGAGAGGGUGGGUGACGUGGUGCUGCCCCGAUGGGCCCGGUCCCGGGAAGAUUUUAUUCAUCAGCACCGAAAAGCCUUGGAAUCGGAGCACGUGUCUGCCCACCUCCAUGAAUGGAUCGACCUCAUCUUUGGCUGCAAGCAGCGUGGGCCUGCUGCCGUGGAAGCCCUCAAUGUCUUCUACUACUGUACCUACGAGGGUGAGGCAGGACCUAGCUUGUCUGGGGGUGAAGGGCAGGGCUGGGAGUGCCCCGGGAUGGCCAGAUCUCUGGAUUGGGAAGGGGAGGACCCGAGGUCUCCAUCCCAGCUUUGCUGCUCACAAUUCUGUGACUUUGGGCAAGUCCCAGAGCCCUCUGGGCCCCAGCGGGUGGGUCUGGGCUCCUCCUAG